AUGGAACAUUUCUUCCUGGAAUCUGUGGAAAUGGUGAAACGGUUAAAGAACAACUGCCUCGAUAUCUUGAAUGAUUUGAACAACGCCACUCAGAAAUGCAACAACACAAUAUACAAAAUCUGUAGAAAUCAUACGAUACUCAGCACCCUCAAUGCCCGCACCCUCGGCCCUCUUGGCCGUCUAGAAGAACUUGGUGCAAAUGCAGAAUCACAUGGCAUUGAUAUAAUAGCUGUCCAAGAACACCGAUUUUACCACCCUGACAACAUCCUCAAAUACCAUCAAGUCGGUUCUUAUCAACUUGUAACCUCCUCAGCAUCAAAGAAUACUGUUAAUUCAACAGUUGGAGGUAUCGGAUUUCUACUUUCAUCAAAAGCUAGUGAUACUCUCUUGAGUAUAGAGUCAAUCUCACCUAGAAUUAUGGUGCUUGAGAUAGAUGGAAACCCGAAAACAACAUUGGUAUGUGUGUAUAGCCCACAUAAUUCGUCUGUGGCAGACGAGAUUGAGAAUUUUUAUGCAACCCUUCGUUCAACCAUUGAGCAAGUACCUCUCCAUAAUUUUCUAGUUAUAGCUGGUGAUCUGAAUGCUAGACUAGGAUCCGAUGAGACCAAGUUUACUUUCAACUCUAAAACUAAUCGGAACGGAGAAAUGCUCAAAGACUUCUUGGAGGAAUUUAAUCUCUACACCUCCAGCAAUUCUUUUAUGAAACCAAAAGGUCAACUUUGGACAUUUGAGUCCCCACUUGGUGAUAGGGCACAAAUUGACUACCUCAUCUUUCGAAAGAAAUGGCGCAAUAGUGUUAAAGACUCGAGAUCCUACUCUUCCUUUAGUUCUGUCGGCUCUGACCACAGAAUUGUAUCAGCUACCGUUAAGCUUAGUCUUCGCUCAUCCAAAAAAGCUAAGCCUCAUCCGAUGAAAAUGAUCGACUGGGAGGAAGUCUUAUCUAACCCCGAUAUGUCCAAACAAUUUACUAUUGAGGUCUAUAACACAUUUCAAUCUCUGUCUACUUCUGAAAUAGACGCUGAGAACAUUGAAGAAGUAUACAGCAGCCUCAUCAAAUCAACAGAGGAAGUUGCACUGGCUACUCUUCCCAAAAGGAAGAGUAAAGCGAUUGUAAGAGGUUUCAAUGCUAUAGUACAAGAGUUACCUCCUUUAGCUUUAAGUUUUAGUAAGAAAUUUAAUGGUUCUUUAAUCAUUUCCAGUCAUCAGACUGCGGCCACAUUAGGGAACCACCUUGAAGAAUUUUAA